AUGUGUUCGCUAGCGUCUAGCUCUGGUGCCCGGCGCUACUUGGCCGAAGAGCUUCUGUCUCUCAGAUCUGAGCUCACGCUUAGCAAGAGCGUCGUUGACAAGCUACACAAACAUCCAGAUAUUGCUUGUAUCGCCAGACGAUCUGAAGCUAAUACAUGCAAUAACCACCACCUUACCAGAAAGCAAAACAUAGACUAUUCUGGCGAAAGUGAAAAUAUGUUUAGCACAGCUACGCAGAUGGCCGGAGAUCGUCAGCGACCUCAAUGGAGUUUCCGCCGUCGUGAUAGCUCGGACCGCUCCUCUCAACCUCAUUCUGCACCAUCUGAUGUAGCUGUACAACAAUCAGCGAAUUUCCAGAGAUUCUACAGAGCCGUUGUUUCCCCAACCCAUGUUCGCGUCACUGCUGGUGGCCGCAUUGUCCCGAAUACACGCGCAACAGGACCACCUGCAUUUAAUCUAAACCUUGGCAAUCUUACUUUCGGUCCUAAGCAACCGGUGCACGAAACUGAGGUGAAUUUCAAUCCGUCAACCCCUUGGCAACAUGCCGCACCAGCUCUCCCUGGAUACCCACCGCUGAUUCCUGGUGGCUUCUAUUCCCCUUUCAGCAAUCUACCUCAGGGUAAUUCACUUGCUCCGGCAACUAUAGCACCUCAAACAGGUGGCUGUGCUGGGAACGAUCAAAAUUCACUCGGCUAUGGCCAAAAUUCUAUGCUUAAUGCUGAUACCUUUAGUAACUUACAGCGGCCUGGGGGAUUGUUUCAACCAAUCAAGAUAUCGCCACUAGCUCAAUCCGACAGAACCAAACCAUUCAUGUACAACGGCCAAAUGAUGUACCCACUGACACCGGUUCCAAAUUCUAUUCCUAUGGGUGCGGCCAUGCUAGGAAGUCCAAAUUUUCUCCCUCAGCGAUUCCCAUGUCCUCUUCCAGGCUUCGGACCGUUUUCUCACUUUCCCAUCCCGUUGACGCCCCUACCAAACCCUUUGGCUAUAGCCCCUGGUCAACAGCUUCCGAUACCUAUUCAGCCGACCAUGUUUCCAUUUCCUCCGCCGGGUCUAACCCGCAUGCCUCUGUUAUCGCAGAUUACGAAAUCUCAAAUUCAAGGUCUUCACGCCUACCUCAAGCUUAUUGAUAACCACUCGGAGAAUAAUGAAAAUCAAGCUGAUGUUAUGCUCAUGCGACUGCAGCGUAAUACUGUCCUGGCUCAACUAAAGCACAUGGAAUCGAUGCUAGAGGCUCAAUUGGCUCAGGAAAGUGCUACAACAGCCGACCUACAUAGGGAUGGCGAUGCAAACAACAAACACACAUUUGCAGCUCAAAACCGCAUGCCAACUUUUAACUCACAAAGUCAAAAUUCUGCUCGCCCAAACAAGCAACCCCUGUCAUAUUUACCCACCGAUAGGAACACCGAGCAGCGGCUAUCCACCGCAAAGGACACCCAGAAUGAAAAAGCGAAGGAGACGACGCCCACGGCCAGACCUUGGCCUGUGAACAAGUCCCGGCUGACUGCUGCAGCUGCCAUGGCUCCCCCAUUUCAACCCAGAGGGCAAGCUUCCACUGUGGAACCACCCAAAAUCCAGCCAGAAAUGGACAUGGGCGGCCCACCGUCUCCAUUUGAACCGGUGACAUUCCAAACCCAGGCGGAGGUCCAACGACGUCUAUUAUCACGAGCUUCGACUAGUUGGGAGCACCCUACUCUCCUAUCUUCUCUAGCUGCUGAGAAAGCUGCUAAGAAAGCUGCCCAGAAUAUUACACGGGCUGAAAGCAUGCAGGAGCAGAGCGUCGCCCAAGCCCAUCGUGAAGAGGAGAAUCACGCUGUCCAGCGGUCGGCUACAUUUCAUGGGCAGACAGAGCCGUCACCUCCCAGCCCGGUUCCCGCAUGGCCUGUUCCUUAUCUGGUGGGUGCUAUGCCCAAAGAGGUCCCUGGCAAGCACAUCACGUACACGGAUCUGAUUUAUCCCCGGCCACUUACCGAUGAAGAAAUUCGUGCAAGGUGUUUGUACUGGGGCAAGGAGCCUAUUUCGAGUGGAAAAGGCCUGCCAAAAUUUGACGGCAUGGAUUUCUACCCACCGUCGCCUGUGAAGGAGAUGUCUCAUAUGGUUUCACACAAUGACAACCAAGAAGGCGCUGUUAAUGUCCAUCGCAAUGCCAUGACUGCUCCAUUACCACAUUUCGACCAGCUGUUCACCGAAUCUGGUGCAACUGGCUACAAGUCGCCACAGCCAAUUCGUCCUUCGACAAGUCAUUCAAGCCAAGCCUCGACACCCGUACAACAUCACUCGCGCAACAGUGGCCUCGGAAUUCAUGUUGCAGACAACCUCUCAUGGUUGCCACGAUAUCCUCCCCACAAAGAGCCUGGCUGUGAUCCAGUGGCUCCACCAUAUGCGGGUUCCAACGCUGGUGGUCCUAGACUUGGAGACUUCUCCCACCUCCAUGCUGAGCGUGGAGCUUCUGGAUACCGGUCGCCUUUCCCAGCUCGCCCCGUCUCCAAAGAUACAAAACCAGGAGCUAAUCUUGGACGAAGUGAACUGACGGUUGCGGCCAACAAUGACAAAGUAAUUGAGGGAAGCGAGGAUAGCAAUGACGAGAAUCGGAGUAAAGGCUCUUGGAGUAUGCUGGCUACCAACCGCCGAUGGGAUUCAGACAGUGGUAAUACGACAGUGGCCAUUGAAGAGGCAGAGGAGGAUGGGCGUAGUAAUAACUCGAUUGUGGAGGCUCACUUAACACCCCGAUCUAAAGAACCUUCUUCAAACUCAAACGUUGAGGGUAGCUUUGAUCAGCGCGUAGCAAACUUCCGCAACGUGGAACAACAAACCCUCUUUCUGCAGAACAUGUUGAAAAAUGCUGAAACAACGCAAACAAUGACGGGCUCGGUGUUGUCCGGUAUGGUAUCUUCUGCUACUGCCACAGGCUAUCUGCCCCAUUACCAUGGUUCAGCAGUUGCCUCUCUUGCUCCCAACACUUCGAAUGUCUCUGAAACCGAGCAAGCUGUUGAGCUUCGCUCCUCAAAGCAUGACUUGUCAAGGGAUAUGGUAAAUCCAGGAGCCGAUUUGCUAUCUGAGAAUCGUCCUCUUACUGGAGCCCGACCGCAACGCCGUAACCACGAUCCCACAGGGAGCAUGGGUGCAGAGGGAUACUUGCUCCUCGUGUCACAAAAGGCUGAAAAAGACAAGAAAACUGUCGAGCAGGGAUGGAAUGCUAACACCACUGGUGCUGGACCCGACAUGGGCUCUAGCUGGUAG